GGAGACCACCCUCUACAAGGUGCACUUCACCAGAUGGAUGUGCUACUGCCACGUGCCGACCAUCUGCACGUCGAUGACGCACUGGGACCCGGCGGCCGUGUUCGGCCGCUCGGUGCUGCGUCUGCUGCUGCGCACGGUCAGCGCCCGCCUCCUGCAGAAGAUCGACAUGGACAAGGAGAAGAUGGCCAAGGACAAGCGGCUGCUGAUCCUCACACACAUGCCCAGGUUUCUUUCUUUGCUUGAAGAAGAAGUCUAUGGGACCUCGACCAACAUCUUCGAUAUAGACUUCAAGCCGCCCGCCCAGAAGUCUAUCGAGGCGCGGCCGGAGCCGUCACCGGGCCCGUCGGCGGCGGCUGCUGAGGAGCCGGCGGCGGCGCGCCGACGGCCGGAGAAGCGCACCGCCGAGGACGACGAGGAGCGCGCCGUCAAGCGGCCCCGACCCGACGAGGACGUCGACCCCGACCUCGUCCGACAGAUCCUCGAGAGCAUGGAGGACCCCAAACGGCUGGCCGGCCAGGAGUCGCUGUUUUCGGAGAACGCGGCCCGCGACGAGGCGGCCAAGGCCGAGGAGCGCGCCGGCCACAUCAGCUUCCACGUGGUCGGCAACUCGCUCAGCCAGAAGGUCAGCAAGACCACCAUGCUGUGGCUAGUCGGCCUGCAGAACGUCUUCUCGCACCAGCUGCCCCGCAUGCCCAAGGAAUACAUCACGCGGCUUGUCUUCGACCCGAAGCACCGGACGCUGGCGCUGGUGAAGAACAACCGGCCGAUCGGCGGCAUCUGCUUCCGCAUGUUCCCCAGCCAGGGCUUCACCGAGAUCGUGUUCUGCGCCGUCACCAGCAACGAGCAGGUCAAGGGCUACGGCACGCACCUCAUGAACCACCUGAAGGACUACCACAUCCGCCACGGAGUGCACCACUUCCUCACCUUCGCCGACGAGUUCGCGGUCGGUUACUUCAAGAAGCAGGGCUUCAGCAAGGAGAUCAAGCUGAACCGGAAGAAGUACGUGGGCUACAUCAAGGACUACGAGGGCGCCACGCUAAUGGGCUGCGAGCUGUCGCCCCGCAUCAUCUACCGCCAGUUCAGCUCCGUCAUCAGGAAACAGAAGGAGAUUAUCAAGCGGCUGAUCGAGAACCGACAGGCAUCCAUCCGCAAGGUGCACCCGGGCCUAACGUGCUUCAAGGAGGGUGUACAGGGCAUACCGAUCGAGUGCAUACCAGGGAUUCGGGAGGCCGGCUGGAAGUCGCCGGAGAAGUCUGCGCGCGUCACACGCAAUUCGGACGACCUGGGUAACGCCGAGCUACUGCAGGGCACGUUCCGCACCCUGCUGCAGAACAUGCGCCAGCACAGCGCCGCCUGGCCGUUCCUCUCGCCUGUCGACCCUACCGACGUGCCCGACUACUACGAGUUCAUCAAGUACCCGAUGGAUCUGGAGACGAUGUCGAAGCGGUUGAAGAACAAGUACUACUGCAACAAGCGGCUGUUCAUUGCCGACGCCACGCGCAUCUUCACAAACUGCCGCAUGUACAACGACCCAGACACCGAGUACUACCGCUGCAGCGUCACCCUCGAGAAGUACUUCCACAACCGGCUGAAGGAGGCCGGACUGACGGACAAGUGAGCGGCCUUGGUGCCGCGCGCGGCCCACCGGGGCGGGCGCUGAGUCGGUCUCAUCCCUGGAGGGCGUGGGGAGCGCGGUGCGGCGGCGGGUGGCGGUUGCGCACGCAGGCCGCUGCUGAGGACGUGACGGCG